CUAAUGUUUUAUUCAUUGGCUCUCGGUGAAACUGCAAGGAGGACUUUGGAGCCUGAAAGAGAAACCUAAAAUUUCUUCCCUGUGUUUUAAAUUUCCAAAGAAGCUGCAGAAACUGCCAGAGCCCGAGGAAGACAGACUUGCCUGGACUCAAGAAGCUCUACAUCAUGAUCAAACAGGAGAGCGUUUCUGCUGUUACUGUCCCAGGUAAUGGCCACGUCAUCCAGCCUACACAUGCUGUAGCCUCUGGAAGCCAAGAGAAACCUUUGGAAAUGACUGCUUACCCAGCAUCAGCAACCGUGCUCCAUUACAACACAGGGAGUGCAAACUUACAGAGCCCACACAUUGUAAUCCAGAAUCCAGCUGGAAUGACAGGCCUGCAGGCCCAGCCCACUGUGCUACAGUAUCCAGUGGGAAUGGCUGGUGUGCAGCCUCCACCAGGAGUGAUCCAGUACUCACCAGAAAUAACAAGUAUCCAGGUCCUGCCUGGAGACCCUCAGAAUCCCCUGAACACUGUCCCGGGACCAACACAGACCUCAAGCAAUCCUCAGUGGAACAUAUCCUUUAUGCCCUUUCCUGGAUUUGAUCCCAAGAAAUUCAUAAAUAAAGAGGUCAGAACAUUAGGGGGCAUCCAGAUCCUCAUUGGCAUGUUUCAUAUCGUCUCUGCAAUGAACCCUCAACUAUACUUUGCUACCCCUCUUGUGUUGGGGUUGAUAGGAUACCCAAUCUGGGGAGGACUGUCUUUUAUCAUCUCUGGAUCACUCUCAAUCUUGUCUGAAAAGUCUGCUAGCAGUUGCAUGGUGAAUGCCAGCAUCGGCAUGAAUAUCGUCAGCUCCAUCUUCUCCCUUGUUGGUAUCAUCGUUAUCAUUGUAGAUCUGAGUAUUUACAACUCUGGUGUUGUUCUGCUAACGGAUUGUCUGAAGGCAAUCAUUGGGGGUCUCCUCCCCUUCGCCCUCCUGGAAUUCAUCAUCACCUGUGUGGUCUCUCAUUUUGGGUGCCAGGCUACAUGCUGGACCCAUUUUGAGAACAUGACUGUGGUCUCACCUAUGUUCAGUAGCAACACGGUCAACACGACCAAUGGACCUGUCAACACCACCAGCCCAGCUAGUGCCACCAACAUCCCAGUCCAGGCCACUGUCCAGCCCACCGUCCCCAGUAAUGUUUCCCCUGAAAACAUAUACAUAAGUGGAGCUAAUCUUGCCCAGAAAUAGCUGACGGAAUGCCCACUUCAACGACAAGGACGUGCCACUGUAAUGGUGGCUUUGCUUCCACAUGAAACACCUGAAACCUUGAUGCUGGCAUCACCACCAGGCCAAGGCGAACACCCAUUUUGCCUCCUCUUCACUCUGAAGCUUCCCUUUGGAUUGGUUUAGGUGUCUUCUAACUUUAACAAACUACAUAUAAGGUU